GAUAGGAUCGAAAAAAUGACAUGUCCAUUCUUGUGCCCACAAUACUGCAAUUGACCAACAUCAAACUAAGAACCUGCAAGCCUCCACCAACAUGCCUUCAACCUCCCCCUUCCUGCGCCUCCCUGUUGAACUCCGCUACGCAAUCUACGACCACCUCUGCCCCCGCGAGCCACACAGCUACCCCUACAAACAACCCUCGCCCAUCGCUGCAAUCGACAUCGCAGGUCCACCGAAGAGCCUGCUCCUCCUGAACCACGCACUUCUCGAGGAACUAUCAACCUACUACUUUGCCCGCUGCACAUUCCGAUUCGUCGCACAGAGCUUCAGCACUGGUAAGAAUGUCAGGAAACACAUGUGUGCAGGCUCGCUGCAGAUUGUUCGGAAGAUGAAGAAGGUGGAGAUGUUGCUCCUGCCUGGGACGAUGAAGGCUAUGUCGUAUUCUGCAGAGGUGUCUUUGACGACUCGUGGCAUGUCCAAACUUUGGCUUGUCGACCAGAUGAGACUGUUGCGGGAUGAGGCAUGGGCUUUGACAACGAUCACUGUGUCAGUGAGAAGGGUGAGCUGGUGUCAUGAGUGGAGUAUGCUGGACGAAACGGAGGCGUUAUUGCAUCCAUUGAAAGAGUUGAAGGGGAGAGUAGCUUUCAAGGCUGGAGAAGUUAUGGGGCCAGCGACAGUCGAGGAUGAGAUGCGCGAGACACUGGAAACAGUUAUUGGAAAGCUGAGCAGUUAGUUCAUGCACCUGUUUGUAACAAGAAAAGACAUAUUAGGGGCAUUUGUUUUCUUAAGAGGUUACGAUAGCUAUCUAUGUUCACCAUACUUUUAGAUGGUCUUCUCUCACAUGUGUCUCUUCGUGUCUGUCCCACCUGAGGUUGAUGGCGGUCACCUAGCUUGACCCGGGCUGGUUGCUUGUGUUUGCUUGGCAAGGUUCAA